UGGAAGGCCAGAUGAUGGUAGUAAAUAGUAGCAGGAAGCAGGACAGGACGCCAUCACUGGCUGCUUGUGGACACAGCCUGUCUCUAACACACUACACUGCAAUCCCAAGCAGAGACUCAGCUAUGGCCUGUGCUGCUGUGUGGUGGAAGAUGAGCUCCACUGCCCUGGAUAAGAUGCUCUGCUCCUUUCUUUUAUCUUGCUUUUUAUUCAUGUCGGUCAUCAGUGGUGUUUAUACCGCUCCAGAGACAGGAUAUUGGACUAUUACAGUGGUCAAUACAUCAAGACCUUUGUUAUUAAAAAAGUCCAUGUACAAGGACACUGACAUCCAGUUAAGAGUCUCUUCCUUUAACUGUCCAGCAGAGGUCUCGUUUGGUAUUAGGUGGUAUUUAAAGUUCUACCCUUGUCACAACGAAUUCAGUAACAUAGAGGAAAUGUAUGACAGGACACCACUGAGUAGAGGAGAGGGUCUAGAUCCCAAUCCUCUUGCACCAGGAGAGUACAUCGAACACAAGUACAGAAUAUUAACCUGCAACAACGGGAUCCAGGUUUUCCCCAUGCUAAAUAAAUCCCAAGCAGAGCCAAGAACAGUGGAACCACCACGGGAGGAUGUAUUUCAUGGUGCCAAUUACACCAGGUGGCUUACAGAGGAAGCUGUAGUUCAACCAGGUAAAAAGGAUCACGUCAUUGCUACAACAUGGAGAGAUGGACCUUAUCUACUUGUGGUGUUGAUCGAGACUGAUAAAAAGGAUGUCAACUGGAAUUUAACCUUCACUGUGAUAAUGAAAGGAGCCCAUGGUUACAUUUCAGUCACGGAAUGGCCUCUAAUGAUCUUCUACAUGGUGAUGUGCAUCGUCUACAUCCUGUACGCUCUGCUCUGGUUCAUCUGGGCCUCUUGCUACUGGAAAGACCUGCUGCGUAUCCAGUUCUGGAUAGCUGGCGUGAUCUUCUUGGGCAUGAUAGAGAUGGCAGUCUUCUGUGCCGAGUAUGAGAACACCAAUGCUGUUGGCUCAGCGUCUCAAGGCUUGCUGGUUUUCGCUGAACUUGUGUCGGCUCUGAAGAGAACCCUAGCACGACUCUUGGUCAUCAUUGUCAGUCUGGGCUAUGGUAUAGUCAAGCCUCGCUUGGGGACUGUCAUGCACAGAGUCGUGGGUCUAGGUGUCCUCUACUUUGCCUUUGCUGCCAUUGAGGGUAUUUUGAGGAUUACUGGGGCCAAAGAUUCUGAUCUGGCCUUGCUGGCCAACAUUCCCCUGGCACUGCUUGACUCCUCUCUCUGUUGGUGGAUAUUUGUUAGUCUUGCACAAACCAUAAAGACGCUGAAACUCAGGAGAAACCCAGUGAAGUUGUCAUUGUACAGACACUUCACCAAUACCCUCAUCUUUGCUGUAAUUGCCUCUGUCAUUUUCAUGGUGUGGACGACAAAGAAAUUCCGAUUAGCAGACUGUCAGGCUGAUUGGAUGGAACUCUGGGUAGAUGAUGCCUUCUGGAGGUUUCUGUUCUCUAUCAUACUGCUUGUCAUCAUGUUUCUGUGGAGACCAUCUGCAAAUAACCAAAGAUACGCAUUCACACCUUUAAUUGAUGACUCAGAUGAUGAAGAGAUUGAAGAGUUCUUGGUGUCUGCAAAUAUUGCUGAUGGCAUAAAAUUGAGAGCUGCCAAGACUGAGACAAAUGGAAUAACGAAACCUCCUGCUUCUAGUGUGGAUGAAGACUUGAAGUGGGUGGAAGAGAACAUUCCUUCCUCUUUAACAGAUGUUGCUCUGCCUGUUCUUCUCGACUCGGAUGAGGAAAUCAUGACUACAAAAUAUGAGAUGUCAAAAAUGCAGUGAAAGCACAAGUUAAUGGCCUCCUCCUGAGACCAAAGGCGCUGCUGCUGCUGCUGCUCCCACUACCGGUACUAGAUCCUUACCAGUGAGAAAAGGAUAAAAACCAGACAAGAGACAGAGGCUGGUGAAGAGUUUGAUGGUGGAUCUCAAGAGAAGAGGAAUUAUGCUUCUAGUCACGGGAGUAUCCUGGCUCACCUUGCAGCGGUGCUUUCUCUAUUCAUGCCUUUUAUAUCUAAUGUGAAAGAUUACUGCCUUUUUUUUGGCCCCUCCAGAAGUACAAAUACUCAUUCACACAUUUUAUAAUUAUUCCAUUUAACAGACAAGUCACACAACCCAUCAAUCCAAGCAGAAAUAUUCCAACGUCCAGCGUACGACGUCUAUUUAUUUCUCAUUGUACCUGUUUUCAGUUGAUGGUUUGGGUUUAGAAUGUUAUUUUUUUUUUGGGUCUUUUUUUUUUUGUUUUUUAAAUGAAAGUCUCCCUGGACAUGAAGUUGAAUGACCAAAGACUUGGUUUGUUUAGUCUUUAUUAGAGGAAAAAAAUCUGAAAUUCUCUUCAGGCAUCCUCUUUAGUUAAUAUAUUUCUUGAUAUUUAUGUUUCAUAGUGGUGAGCCAUUUUGCUUCUGAAAAUACAGUGUGGGAGCAGAAUGUUCUGCUUCAUUCGUAAAUAUUCAGAUGUUUUCCUAAAUGGCUGGGUAAUGAGUAAAAUAAGAUGCAAAGCUAUAAACUCCAGUCUGGCUGUUCACUACUGAACUGAGCUGGAAUACUUUAGCAGGAAGCAAAAUGUGCAUCUCGCAUCAAAGAGCAAUAUGCCGUUAAUAUUCCUUCACUACCUUGUGCACUUUUUUUAAAAUUUUUUUUGAAAAAUACAUUUUGUUUUUUCUUUUCCUCAAGGUUGUUUCUCUCUCUUUUUUUAAGCCUUAGAAACACUAUGAAUGAACAGUUGACUGAAUCAGAAGAAUAGUUGGUCUUGUAGAAUCGCACAUUUUUGCCCAUUUUCGGUUGAGUGUUGUCAUUUCUUUGCAGAGAAAAGCACAGUUUGCCACGUAGGGAUAUACCUACAGGACCACUGUUAUGAAUUAAAGGUAGUAAAUCUAUUGUAGCCUACUUGUGUGCUCAUUUUGUUCUUUCCAGUGACAAAAUAACUCCUUGUAUUUUUGCAUUAAAUGAUUUUUUUGAUCACUUAAAUGAUCAGUGAUUCAUGAAUGCAGUGGUAAGACUGAUUCUGUGCAAUAUUUUGGUCUUUUCUACUACUACUCCUUGAGAGUGUACUUGAGGAUUUUGUAUCUUCUCAUGAAUUUUUUUUUCCACCUUGCUGUGGAAUAUCAGAUUCUUCCUUUACAGAUUUGUUUCAUUUUGUCCAUUACAUCCAUUUUCAUCAUGCAUGUUUUCCAAGUUUAUGAUGGUUUGCUUCAAAUGUAAAUAAAGAUUCUUUAUUUAUGGGUC